AACCUCCUGCGCCGAGUGGACGUCCGUGCAGUGUGCUCUCCGCUUAAGACGCUACUCUAUCGCGACCGGUAUCACUGGUCCCUGUGAUGGCGGUGUGACGCCAUGCGGCGCGUGCUGUGGCUGUGCGCUGUGCUGUUGUUGGCGGCCCUGCCGCGCCUCGGGAGCGCCGGCGUCGUCGCCCGCCUGACGGACGCGCCCGUCGGCGCCGACUGGCUGCCGCAGCCCGACGAGGAGCGCGACGAGGCUGACCGGCCGCGGCGCAUCGUGCCCAAGUCGCUGUUCGUCGCGCCCGGCCGCCAGUCGCAGCCCUGCUCGACGGGCUACCGCUCCGACGGCAAGGGCCGCUGCGUCAAGUUCCUCUGGGUCGACCGCAGCGUCCACCUCAGCUUCCUCAUCAGCCAGCUCAACGGCCAGUUCGGCGGCGGCGGACCCGGCACCUCGGCGAGCAAGAUCUCCGACGACAUCAACAGGGUGGACCGCAGCCCGCUCAGGGUGACCCUCGGCAUCGCCACUGAGACCAUCACCACUCCCGAUGCCAGUGUCGAGGGGGUCGCUGCUUGAAGCUCCGACUUAUUCGGUGAACGAUGUGUCGAACAGAACCCAGUGAAAUAACUCACUGUUUUACAGUUGUCCACCAGUUUUACAGGCAUCUAUUGUUGAGACCACGGUAACAAUAAUAUUCUUCCAGCAGUAGUCACAAAUUUCUGCUGAACUCUAGUCCACAUUUAAUUUAUCGAGGCCGACACUUUGACAGUGUUCGUGUGUAUAGAAAAGAAAAGGUUAAUGACCAAUCAAAAGUAUUACAGACUGAAUGCAAUGAUACAAUCAUGUCAUACACUGUAAGGCACAAUAGUGCCGGCUUUUAAAUAUAUAGUCUUAGAUAAAUAAUAAUUUAUAUAUAUAUAUUAAACACAGAUAGCUGACAGAUGAAAAAGCGACCAUCUAUCAGAACAUAUAAAACAUGGGAGAAAAUGCUGUAGCAUUCUUCUCGAUAAUUCUAAUUUCAUCAGUAUUGUCAAUAUGGUGCUUCUGUUUCUUAGGUCCACUAGUCAGUCGUUUCUCAUCAUUCAGGAGAGUGAAACCUGUUUUCUUACUGUCUGGAACAUAUUCAUUUCUUAGUAAUUAAGUUUCUCUAUUUUAUAAUAAGUUGUUAUAUUUAAUUAUGUUUUGAAGUUGAAAUAAAAGUUUUCUUUAUUAUUUCUUAAUCAUAAUAAUUUACAAGCAGCUAAAAUUAUUCACUAUCGUAUGAAUUUAAAAUAAGAACUAAGUUCAUAACAAAACAAUAAAAUUGUGUUUAAAAUCCAUAACAGAUUCCUUUGCCGUUGUUUGUCUCCUUUAUUAAGCUAAACAAUACUCUCGUUUUUGGUGAACAAAAUUUAUUACUCCUUAAACAGUUUUGGGGUUCGUGCACAGUAAUCCAUUGGUUUCCUUGAAGUUCGGUGCAAUAUGAUCAAGGGAGCAGAAAGUGUCCCAUGUAAUAAUAUACUACCAGUUUCGGUAUAACUCAUUACUUUGAAACUACUGACUGUGUAAAAGCGAGAACUAACAAUAACGUGUCGUGCUCACUCGCGGUAGUGCAGUGGGAUACUACUCUUCAAAGAUUUAGGUAUUUUAAUUGCACCAUCACAAUACAUAUAUUCGCUAGUAAAAUUCGUCACAAAUAAUCCAUUACAAUUCUGGGAAGAAUAGUGAUAUCCGCAGUACAA